UUGGCCCGGUUUGACAGUCGUGGCGUAAACAGAAAAUCCAGCAACACGCGGAGAGUUCGAUGAAAACUCAGUGAAUUAAUUCAACUAAUUCCUUAACUAACUCAGCAACCAUGGGCAAACUGGAUGUAACGGUGCUCCGUUACCUCACGAAGGAGGACUUUCGGAUCCUGACGGCGAUCGAAAUGGGAAUGAAGAAUCACGAGCUCGUCCCCGGUGCGUUGGUGGCCGCAAUCGCCAGUCUGAAAGCCGGCGGAGUGCACAAAUUGCUACGCGAGCUUUGCAAGCAUAAGCUACUGACGUACGAGCGAGGAAAACGAUUUGAUGGGUACCGUUUGACGAACAUGGGCUAUGAUUACCUGGCAUUGAAGUCUCUUACCCUACGCGGUUCCAUCUGCGGUUUCGGCAAUCAAAUCGGCGUCGGCAAGGAAUCCAACAUCUACACCGUGGUUGGCGAAGAUGAGACUCCGCUCUGUCUUAAACUGCAUCGUCUCGGGCGUGUAUGCUUCCGGAAUGUGAGAGAAAAGCGUGACUACCACGGAAAACGGCACCGUAUGAGCUGGCUCUAUCUUUCGCGCAUUUCGGCCACACGCGAGUUCGCCUACAUGAAAGCCUUGUACGAUCGGGGUUUCCCGGUACCGAAACCGAUCGACUUUAACCGGCACUGUGUAAUCAUGGAACUGGUCGAUGGCUACCCGAUGACGAAUGUUUGUGAGGUCGGUAACGUCGAAGCGCUGUACGAUGAUCUGAUGAAUCUGAUCGUACGGCUGGGCAACUGCGGUGUGAUUCACGGAGAUUUCAACGAAUUCAACAUCAUGAUCACCCAAGAGCAGCGAGCGAUAUUGAUCGAUUUUCCGCAAAUGAUUUCGACAUCGCACCCGAACGCACAAAUGUACUUCGAUCGCGAUGUGCAGGGUGUUCGUGAUCUCUUCCGGAAGAAGUUUGGCUACGAAAGCGAAGAAUAUCCACAAUUCGAUGAUCUCGAACGAGAUGACGAACUGGAUCGUGAAGUGCUUUGCUCUGGAUACGGAUUUACGCAGGAAAUGGAGGACGAUCUGCUGAAUGAAUAUCACGACACGGAGGGUAACAAGAACGACGAUGAAGCGUUUGAUGAAGAGGAAGAAGAGACGCUAGGAGAUUCGGACGAAGAGAAGCCUCAUGGCGAUCGCAUGAUCGAUGACCUCGAUGAUAAGGAACUGGAGGAAUGUCGCAAAAAGCUGGAAGCAGAAAUAAAAUUCUCUGAGGAAAAGCCAACGCAAAAGGUCACCAAAAAGGAAGACGCAAACUCGGCCAUCCUGAGCUACCUGCAGUCCAUGUCAGUACAGGAUGAAAUGGAAAAACCGGAACCAGUUGAAGAUGAAGAAACGACCACGAAUAUUGCUAACAACGCGACGGAAGAUGAUGCCAGCACAGAAUUGUACGUAGAACCUACGCUGGAAGAGGAUGAGAAACGUGAUGCUGUUCGCGAUAUUGAAUCGGAUGAUCCCGAAAGCGAUCCGGAGGAUGCGACGGUAGAUCGCAAUUCGCGACAGUAUCGUAUGAUGAUGGUUCGAAAGAUGCUCGAUGAUGCGCGCAGCGUUCGCUCGUACUCUACCACGGCCAGCACCAUCGCACCGUCGCUUGUUACGGGGCGUAUAAAGGGCGAUUUGCAGGAGCGUCAAAAGCGCGACCUGAAGAAACGGUGCGUACCAAAAGGUGAAGCCAGUGCAGUCCGUCGAAUGCGCAAAGAUAAUAAUGCCGUGGUUAAAGAGUACCGGGGAUGGGAUUUUUAAGCUAAUCGUCUGCACCUUCUGUGUACCUUCUUGUAUGAAUAUAUUAACUAUCGAAAACGU